AGUCGGGUGGUUUGGUGGUCUGAAGACGCUAGCUUGUGACCGGGAGGGGGAGAAGGAAGGGCUCGGUGAAGGGUUUCUCUCCGUCCUCUCGGGCUUGGGGAGCUCACAAAAAACCAAUAUUCCGGCCCCGCGGCUAGCCUCUUUCCCCAGGCUCUUUCUGCUUGAUUUCGUCAUCGUUAUGUGGGAAGCGAAUCCGGAGAUGUUUCACAGAGCAGAAGAAUUUAUAUCCCAAACCACGGACACUGGAGUGGAUGACAUGGAUACAUCAGAUACGCAGUGGGGCUGGUUCUACCUUGCGGAGUGUGGGAAGUGGCACAUGUUUCAGAAAUGAAGCAAACGAAUAUCACCACUGGAAAACAGCGCUUAAUAAAAAGGGCUCCCUUUUCUAUCACUGCUUUCAGUUACAUCUGUGAAAAUGAAGCUAUACCCAUGCCUCCACACUGGGAGAAUGUGAACACUGAAGUACCCUAUCAGCUCAUUUCUCUACACAGUCAAACACAUGAAUAUAAUGAAGUUGCCAGUCUUUUUGGAAAAACAAUGGAUCGCAACCGAAUUGAAAGAAUCCAGAGAAUUCAAAAUUUAGAUUUAUGGGAGUUCUUCUGCAGGAAAAAAGCUCAGCUCAAGAAAAAAAGAGGCAUCCCUCAGAUUAAUGAGCAAAUGCUAUUUCAUGGUACCAGCAGUGAAUUUGUGGAAGCAAUUUGCAUUCAUAACUUUGAUUGGAGAAUAAAUGGUAUACAUGGCGCACUAUUUGGAAAAGGAACCUAUUUUGCUAGAGAUGCUGCUUACUCCAGCCGCUUCUGCAAAGAUGACAUAAAGCACGGAAACACAUUCCAGAUUCAUGGUGUCAGCCUGCCACAGCGGCAUCUGUUUAGAACGUACAAAUCUAUGUUUCUUGCUCGGGUGCUAAUUGGAGAUUACAUAAAUGGAGAUUCCAAAUACAUGCGACCCCCUUCCAAAGACGGGAGCUAUGUGAACUUAUAUGACAGCUGUGUGGAUGAUACCUGGAAUCCAAAGAUUUUUGUGGUUUUUGAUGCCAACCAAAUCUACCCUGAGUACUUGAUAGACUUUCAUUGACUUCACUUCUGGUUCUCAGUGGUCAAGGGAGUUUCAUUCUUUUUUGCAGGAUUUGCUCUCCUGUCAUCUAGCUACUAAAUAUUAAUUAUCUGAUACUUUUGAAUCAGAUAGGAAAAAAGUAGCUUGCACAUAAAAAGACAUACUGACUAAAAAGGUUGGUUUUCUGUUGCUUUGUUUUUUCUGUUAUUCAUAUAGUCUUUCCUAUUAAAAAUUAAUGCCAUUGCCAUUCUAACACAUAAGGAUGAGAUAACAUUGAAAAUUGAAUCAGCUGAGACUCAGUUACCAUGGUUAUGCAAUCUUUAGAUUUUACACGUCUGAUGGGGAUAACUGCUUUUAGUUCAGAUGGACUUAACUACAGUAUAUAUUCAGAAAAUAAAAAAAAUAUAUGCAAUCGUAUCCCUUUAGAAAAACUUACCCUUUAUAAACUGAAUUCUGGUAUUAUUGGCCACCAAUUAACUUAUUGUUUGGUUGGUCUUUGAAAAAGAGAUAUAAUCCCUGAAACAGUUUGGGCUCUUUGAGAGAAAUAAGAAACAAGGAUGUUAUUUGCAGUGCUACCCAACAAGCCAGAGGAGACAAAGUAGGGAACCCUGCUUGCUGUUGCCUUAGGACUUCGGGCUGCAGCCUGGAUGAGUUCUUUCUCUUUGGUCUCCUGUGUCUGAAAUGACAGGUACUGCUGACUGAUUUAUCCAUGGUUCACCCACUGGGGUUCUUACACUAAGACUUGGUGUGCAAAGUGGCUAUUUUAUCCUCCAAGUGCAAGCUUUAUUUAUUGUUUAAAAUAUUUGUUUUCCCUUUGUUUCAGAGUCCUUAUAGUGAUUACUUCUAAAGUGUUUUAAUCUGCCUCCUGUAACACUGACAAUUAAUCAACAGUGACUUUGAAAAUUCACAUUUCUCCAUUUUGAAUGAUUGCAGAAAAAUAUAUAAUGCUCAAAACAAUGUUGUUUAUCCUUUUCAGCAGCCACAGGCACCUUCUAACUCUUGAAUAGUUAUGUAGAAUUCAUUAUUGUAUUUAGUGGAAGCCCAUAUACCCUCUGUUUUGUCACUUUAUGUAAGAAAGAAUAAGCAGUGUUGGACCAGCUUACUACCUGUAAGUGUUCUAGCAGAGACUAGACAAGUUUGGCAGGAUCUUGUGAGGAGUUGAAGCAUCAGCUGAGGAAUUGUUCAGAUGAUUAUUAAGAGCCUUUUCAGCAUUGAUUUUUCCAUGAACACUUGUACCAUGACUUUCUCAGAAAAUGUUUUUAAUUAUUCAUAGUAUUGAAUUCUUUCUCCAAUAUCCUUAAUCAAUUUUGACAGAAAGUGAGCACAACUUAACUUCUAGAAAAUGGCCAUGCCCAUAUUGUUCUACUCAACUGCUAAAAUUGGGGAGACAUCUAGAAGUGAGAGAAGCAGAGUAUAGAAUAGAAUUAGUGAUAGGAACUGUCUAAGUGCUAAAUUGAUUAGACUUUCAUUAUAGCCAAGGAUAUGUGUAAUUGUGCAGUGGAAAGUAAAUAAACUGUAGACAGGAAAUUGCAUGCACAGUGCUUUGAAACAAAGUAGCAACAAGGAUUUCCAGACUCAGAUGUGCAGAUCCAUUGCUGUUUAGGUAGAAUGAUGGGGAUAAUUGAAAGAGCACAUCUUACAAAUGUGAGGAUCAUGGACAUAGGGCUGCCUUUGAAAGGCAGUGAGGUGUGGCUGGGGACUAGUGUGCAAGACACAAUGUUAGACACAUUAGGAAUUCAGAUUUUCAAAAUCUUUCUUGUGGUAUUUGUUGCAGCAGUUGCCCUUUUAACAUGACUAUGCCCCCCAUCCCCCCAUCCCCCCACCCCCGCCCAAUGUAGCAAGGACGUCUUUCUCAGCACUUGAAUAACUAUUGGAGUAUUGGGGAGAUGUUUUUCUUUUAGACACAUGCAGAUCUGAACUCAAGGUGACUAAUAACCCACAGUUCAGUAUUUGGGAGUCUGAGCCUGUGCAUUUGGUUGAUACGAAGUAAAUAGGGUACACUACAGUAGCUGCUGUAAGAAAGUACUGUGGUAUUGUUCAUGUCUGAGAAUGGAUUGCCAACUUCAUUUUUAUAAUAAUUGAUUUUGAUAUAUAUUUUAAGAUAUGAUAGUACAAAGUUAAUUGAUGUUAAAAUUAUCUUUGUUUUGGUCAUUAACUUGAGCUGAAACAUGUUACCAGUUUGUAAGACUGGGUAAGCCAUUUACUGUUAUUUCUUCUGGUCAUUGCAUAGUGUAUGUGAGGAGAGUGAAGAGCAGCUAUUCCAAAUUAAUGAUAAAUGAUUUUUAAAACUCUGUAUUGAAUAAAUUAUAGCUGGUAAUGACUUUUUCUCUCUUUGGGGAGUCUCAGAAUAAAAUUAAAUGUGUUUUUUUAAAAACACAUUGAUAGGACUGUUAUGAACAGGGAGGUCUUGUUCAUUGUGUCCUUUCAUUUGAAGACCAUUGAUGGUAAAGAUGAUGAAGGAUCUGGAGCCAUUUUAAAUAAAUGAGUAUGUUGUUUUUACAUUUGGUGAUUAAAGCUCUGUAGCAAG